AUGGGCCUCGACACCACCGAUCUUGUUGCCCUCUCUGGCGCUCACACGUUUGGACGCGCUCAAUGUGCCCUCUUCAGCAACCGGUUAUACAAUUAUAGUGGCACUGGUAAUCCUGAUCCAUCCUUAAACACAACCUACUUAUCAACUCUGCAGGGAAUAUGCCCCCAGGGUGGAGAUCUCACUGUUGUGACCAAUCUCGACCUCACCACACCUGAUGUUUUUGACAAUAAGUACUUCUCUAAUCUUCAAGUUCUAGAGGGUCUACUCAAUAGCGAUCAAAUACUAUUUUCAACUACCGAGAAUAAUGAUACCGUUGCCCUUGUUAACAACUUUACUGCUAAUCAGACUGCCUUCUUUGACACCUUUGUGGUAUCAAUGAUUAAAAUGGGGAAUAUUAGCCCGUUAACGGGGACGGCUGGAGAGAUUAGAUUGAAUUGUGGAAAAGUUAAUGACAACUCUACUGAAUCAGAUGGUCUUCUAUAUAGCUCAAUGUAA